AUGCUCCAAAAUGUCCUUUGUUGAGUUUCUUGUUCUUCCUCCUUGAAAGAAACGCCUGAUGUUAUAUCUGUUCUGUGUUAUAUAUUUGUCUGGAUGGAACUAUCGUCUGGGAAUAGGGAAAGGAAGGAGUAGCGAGAAAUAAAAAGGCGAAUAAGUGAAAAAUAAAGAAAAAAAAGAGUCUGUGCUCCAGGUGGACAUUCUCUAAAAAAACACGCUCUUGGACACGUUAUUAUUCGCUGUCAUAAUCGCCUGCCGUUUUGUGCUGGCAUUUUCCAACACUUAUUAUAUCCUCGUUGUGGCCACGAGAGUGGAAAUGGGCCCAAAAUAAGAGAAAAAAGAGGGAAAAAUAGGGUGCCAUUCCCAUUUUCUACGCGUGGGCUUUGCCGGCGGACGCGCCUCAUCCCCCUCAUUGUUGACGAAGGAGCGAGGAACAUUUUGCAAUUUUCAUCGAUUUUCCAUGAGUGCGAAGGAGCUCUGUGCCCAUUCCAACUUCGUACAGGGACGUGCUACUAUGAAGUUAUGGACUACGUAGGGAACACGCCGAAAUGUCUCUGGGAGCGGUGACAGGUGUUAAGAUGGAUCACUUCAGUGUCCUGGAUCCUCGAAAACAAGAGCUUCUGGAGGCACGGAUUGGAGGAAGGGUAAUAGAAACCUCCUUUUUGGUUACCUCAGAUAAUGAGCAUGGUGGAGAUGCCCCAAGAAGUGCUAUUUCCCAGUCUAGUCCCCAGUUACCAAUACACAGUAAUACAGGAUCACAAGAAGCAGGGAAACCACUUGUAAAUCUAGGGGAACCAGCAGCAGUACCUCCUCUUUUACCUAAGGUAGACUCCUCUAUGUACUUAGGUUCCAAGCAAGUCACUCCUUGCUCACCAAAGGCCUUACAGUCUAAUGUAGGUGGUCAUGAUGUGAUGAUUAAAAAGAAUACUGGACAGUACGGAUCACAGCCUGAAGUUUCUGUUAUUUCUAACAGACAUGUCCAGAGUGUGUCUUUUGCUCGGAGUAGUACCCAGGGGACAAUAGAAAUAAAAGAAAUUGAAGGAAAUAAGCCUGUGAAUUUGGCUCAGAGCCUUUCACAGAAACGAUUUGAUAAAACACACGACAGUGACAACAAAAGUAACAAGCACUUCAACUCGGCUGACCAACCAUGUGGAGUUCCUGAUGGUGUCCUGACUGGAGCACCUGAGAUGGACGACAACUCCAAGACUUCUGCCAAGACAAACAAGUCCUCUAACUGUACUGGAACUCCAGACAAGCCCUUGACAGGAGACUUGGAGUUGGAUCCUUCAGGUGAACCUGUCAGAGCAUCCAGUAAGAAGACUCCCAAAGCCAAGCGUCACCUAACGUCCCCAAGAGGGACCCGCGGAAACCCCAGAUUGGCGGGGGAGGUGGCCAGGGUGGGAGCCAGGUCGGACAGCCAGCUUCAGCUGUUUCUUGAGGCAGGGAGGCUGGAGAAGGUUCACCUCAGUGGGAGUAGUCCAAGCACUCCCACAUCCACUCAACCACCCUCUUCCAUGUCCGGGUCUGGGUCCCAGCCUAUUGUACUGGAUAGACAAGAUUCCAAUCUUAGUACAGGGUCAUCAGAUCGAGAAGAAGGUACCAGUCCAGAAAAAGCCCAACAGCGAACUCCGAAUGACCGCAAAAGGAAGCGGAAAGGAGUGCAAGGUGUUCAGAGUGACGAGGGAGGAGGGGGCAGUGCCCCUAAGAUGAGCAGAGGAACUGAGGUAAAGAAAAUUAACGAUUACUUCAAACAGCAGCAACAGCAACAACAGCAGCAGCAACAGCAACAGCAGCAGCAACAACAGCAGCAACAGCAACAAGCUAAUUCUCCCCACAGACACUCCGGAGCAAAGAGUCCAUCCCCACAAACACAUUUGAGCCAUAUGACUGGUCACAGUGGCGGUUUAGGAGAUCCGUUGGUUGGGUUGAUGCCUCCUCCCCGAGGAGUUCCCGUCAGUCAUCGAGCCACACAGAGUGAUAUCACAUAUAGACAGGUAGACGAGAUGGAGAGUCGGGCGUCAAUGGAUAUGGAGGCUAAGAACUCUAGGAUUGAUAAUUUACAGUGUACAAAUGAAGAACUAUCUCGACAGCUACAGAGUCAGAGCAAACUCCUUGAACAGAAACAAUUACAAAUUAAUAAGUGCAUUGAAGUAGUCAAGAAAUUACUAAUUGAGAAGUCAAAUAUAGAGAAGAAAGAAGCGCGGCAGAAAUGCAUGCAGAAUCGGUUAAGGCUAGGACAAUUUGUCACUCAGAGGGUGGGGGCCACCUUUCAGGAAAACUGGCAGGAUGGUUACGCCUUUCAGGAGAUUACAAAACGUCAGGAAGAACUCCAGUCAGAAAAGGAGGAGAUCGACCGGCAGCGGAAGCUCUUAAUGAAGCGGAAACCCUCAGAGGGAGGAAGCAACUCUAGGAAACGGGGAUCAAAUAGCAACCAGAGUCAGGGUGGCAGUAAUCUUCCGAAUGGCCUCGGAGGUGAUCACGACCACAGGGACCUCACUAUCCAGGAAUACUACGAGUCAGAAGAAAUACUAAAGUUACGGCAAACUGCACUCAAGAAAGAGGACACAGACCUUCAGCAAGAGAUGGAGAAAUUAGAAAGGGAAAGAAAUCUACAUAUUAGGGAACUCAAACGAAUUCACAAUGAGGACCAAUCAAGAAUCCUCCAAUCACAGUCUUCACCUCGAAAUCCUCAUGACAUGCGGUGGUUUGGUGGUUUCAACCAAGCUGCUAGAUGUUUGCAUCUUUCUAAACCCCUAACAGAGUUCAACAACCAUCCCGUGCUAAAUGACCGGUACUUGUUGCUCAUGUUAUUAGGAAAAGGAGGGUUUUCAGAGGUUCAUAAGGCAUUUGACCUAAAGGAACAACGUUACGUAGCGUGCAAAGUUCACCAAUUGAACAAGGACUGGAAGGAUGACAAAAAGGCUAAUUAUAUCAAACAUGCCAUAAGAGAGUACAAUAUUCAGAAGAAAUUAAACCAUCCUCGUAUAGUUAAACUCUAUGACGUGUUUGAGAUAGAUGCAAAUAGUUUUUGUACUGUCCUUGAAUACUGUGAUGGUCAUGACCUUGACUUCUACUUAAAACAGCACAAGACUAUCCCUGAGCGAGAAGCAAGAUCAGUGAUCAUGCAGGUGGUAUCUGCGCUCAAGUACCUGAAUGAGAUCAAACCACCAAUCAUUCAUUAUGAUCUUAAGCCAGGAAAUAUCUUAUUGACCGAUGGAAAUAUUCUUGGGGAGGUCAAGAUCACAGAUUUUGGUCUUAGUAAAGUCAUGGACGAGGAUAGUUACCAUCCUGACUAUGGGAUGGACCUCACCUCUCAGGGGGCGGGCACAUACUGGUAUCUUCCGCCAGAGUGCUUCAUAGUAGGCAAAACUCCACCCAAGAUCUCUAGUAAGGUUGACGUGUGGUCCGUGGGAGUGAUAUUUUACCAGUGCCUAUAUGGAAAAAAACCGUUUGGUCACAACCAGAGUCAAGCGACCAUACUAGAGGAGAACACGAUCCUCAAAGCCACAGAUGUACAGUUCCAACCCAAACCAGUGGUCAGCAAUGAGGCCAAGCAAUUUAUUAGGUGUUGCCUGGCUUAUCGUAAGGAGGACCGCAAUGAUGUGUUGACGCUGUCUUCCAAUCCUUACCUUUCUCCGCCACUACCAAAGAGUGGUCGACAGUCAGCCAAUAGUCAGCAGCAAGCAGCAGCGGCAGCCUCUGCUGUAGCACAGGCAGCAGCUGCUCAGCAGCAACAGCAAGGGGGAUACCAGCAACCAUUUUCCACUGGUCUCUUGGGGCUUGGGAACAUCCACUCCUCCACCAGCUCAUAAUGACACGCCACCCACUGUAGGGGGCAUGUCCAGCCCCAACACCCCCUACCUAGCCCCACCCAGCCCCAGCCAGGUCCUCACAAGCCUCACAGCCUGCCGACAACCACCUGUUGCCCACAGCUUCCACCUACAGUAAUUUGGCCAUAGUGACCACAUAUCUUUCUUGAGUUCCAACAUGAUUCACACUGCAAGCAAUCAGGGUUCAGUACAGUUGGAACAUAUUAAGUGUCUCUUACCUCAGCUUUCAAUAGCCAUGACAGUAAAUCUAAGAUGUAGUUUUGCCAUAGAAUUUUCUGGACAGCGGGCAGGAUAAUUCAUUCAUAUUUAGGUUUUCCAACUUGGAUUUUCAGUUUCAUUUUUACCAUUUUGAAACCUUGUGAUUUCAGUUUUCAUUUUUACCAUUUGAAACAUCUUGAUUUUCAUUUGUUACUCGUAUUUUUUUUAUUUACUGUAUUUUUUCAUUGCUGUUUUUUUUUUUUUUUUUUUUUUUUUUUCUCAAUUCAUUCAUUUUCCAUCAACAAUAGCUUACAUAAUUUUAGCAAUGUGAUAAGCUAUAAGAGAUUACCAAUCAGGAGCAAGGGUAGCAGUUGGAUGGGCAGAGGUGUGAGGGGGAGCUCUGGGUGGACAUGGGCAUUGGGGCAGAGGCUCAACACACCACUAGAGACUCCUGUGUUCCUACUUGGUGCCACAGCCACCCACUGUUGAUGUGCUCUGCGAAGGAUGCUGUGGAGGAUGCGGAGCCAGGCAGCAGUUUGGUUUGUGGUGCCAGUGCGCGGCGCGGAAGAGAUUCCAAUGUGACACUUUGUUGAUAAGCUCGACACUAGUAAGCCAAAGUUGUGAAUAAUCAGUGCCAGGGUCAGGAAGAUGCCCACCAACGCUUAUGAAAUCCAUGUGUCUGGUACCUGAAGUGAUGUUGAAGCAUUGAGCAUGGACACAAAUGACUCGGUUGGUAGGAACACAAAAACAGUGAGCGUGGUGCACCAAUUGGACAGUGAACAGCCGUGGCUAGGGAAUGGGGAUACGUGUAGGGAACCAUUCUUUUGACUCCCACCAGCUGGGCAUGAUGACAACGGGUAGGGCGGCAGGAGUGAGAGUUGUGAGCCACCAACUGAUGUGAUGUGAUAUUGUGUAGUCGUGAGUCUGAACUCUGGAUUCUGGCACGCAGGUGUAGGUUGUGGAAGAUGCAGCAGCCGGUAGCCAGGUGUGAUUUUAUAUAUAUAUAUAUAUAUAUAUAUAUAUAUAUAUAUAUAUAA